CAUUAGGCGGAUGGCGAAACAACUUUAAGCUGCACAAAUACUCAAAACAUAACUAGGAAUUUCAAGUGUUACACUACUUCUUUCUCCAAAAACAUUUUAUUGUAUUCUCGUUCGCCAUGGUUAAAGUGAUAACUCAGGAAACUUUUGAUGCAGUCGUCAAAGAGAAUGUUGAAGAGUUUGGUUUAGAAUUAGAAGAAGCAAGGAAAGAUGCCAUAAAACAGUUCAUAGCACAAGGUGUGGAUCUCACUAAUAUUGUCACCGAUGGACCUACCGAGGGAGACCAAAAUCACACGAUAGUUGUUGCUCUACAAAAUUUAUCCAAGUUGUUGGAGAAUGCUGCACCCGAUGAUGCUGAGGUGAUGACAUUUCUCAAGGAACUGGAAACCCAGUGCAACAUUGAUUUAGCACAUCGCAUCAUGGCAGAAAAGAAUGGGGCAUUUCCCAUAAUUGUUCAGUGUUUGAAGCGCUAUCAGAAUAAUUUGUCGUUGAAAGAGCAAUGUCUGAAAAGCAUGGCAUCUCUCAUACAGGGAUAUCCAGAUUUAGUAACUCAUGAAGGUAUCGAGCUACUCUGCAACCUUCUGGAAGAGGAUUCUUCGUUAACCACUGUCACUUUGGUGCUGAAUGUGCUGUGCCACAGUUGUAGGAUGCACGAAAAUAAUCGUGAAUCGUUUAUGGCUAACUUUAAACUGGCAGCUCGAAUUCGUAAGCUUCUCGAAUCCCCUCCUUCUCGCAACCAUGCCGAGGUGGUCGUUAAAUGCUGCCAGCUGAUUCGUGCUGUUGUGUCUGAUGAUGACGUCCGUGUCGAAUUUGGACGAGCGCAUGAAUACGCGUGCAUGAUAGCAGAACAAGAAAACGGACUAGAGCUGCUCACUUCGCUACUAACGGAGUUCCAAACGGAAAAGACGGUAAUCAACGAAUUGUUGCCGACUUUAUCGCGUUUGGCGGUUCGCAACGAAUUUUGCCAGCGUAUCGUUGAAUUAGGCGGCCUGCAGUUUGUGAUGGACGUCCUAGCCAAAUACUACGACGAUAAGGAGCUGGUAGAGAGCAGUUUCUUCCUGAUCAAGUCGCUAGCCGGUAACGACGAUGUGAAAAGAGAGGUCAGCAAGGGCAAUGCCGUCCCGUUGAUUGCCGCAGCGUUGGGUCGGCACAAGUGUGUUGCAGCCCUGGCAGAGAUGGGCUGUGCCGCUAUAGCGGCGUUAUGUCUUAGGACACCUGAUAACGCGGCCGCCUUUGUUGCGAAUGGUGUCGGACAGCUGGUGGUGGACAUUCUGAAAACUCACAAACUGAAAGUGGGCGUCGAGAGACAAGCGAGCAUGGCCAUCCGGAACAUCGUGUCGCGACGGAAAGACUUGACGACCGUCUUCCUAGAGGCUGGCGUUGAGGAAUUGCUCCAAACUGCGAUGAAACGCACUCAGCGCGCACCCACCGUCGAGAUAAAAGCCGCUUUGCGUGACUUGGGCUGUCACGUCCAGCUGCAGGAACAGUGGACCGGCAAAGGAACUGCCAUGACCAACUAAAA